CCCUCUAUCCUUGUGGUCGGUUUAGGCAAUUACACACACCCUUGCACACGUCACAGCGUCGGGCAGUCGGUUGUCGAGUCCCUAGCUGCUAGACUUGGAAUAAAUCUCAAGGAUGAUCGGUCAACCAUUCUUGACGGGCACGUCAAGCCGAUCCAUGUUAAUUUAGUUUUAGUUAAACCAAGAUUGCUCAUGAAUGUUUCGGGCAAGUCUGUGGCGCUUGCGUUUAAGGCCCAUAUCCAACCAAAGGACCUGAGCCGGGUCAUUGUCAUCCACGAUUCCCUUUCUCACAAGCCGCUUUCUGUCCAUCCACGCUUGGGGGGUCAGCUAAUGGCCACAACGGUGUCACAGAUGUCAUUUCGCAUCUUCAGGGCUCUGCAUUUCAUCGCGUGCGUAUAGGCAUCGGAAGACCAGAAGGAAGUUACCACGACUACGUCUUGGAAAAGCUAGAUUCAUGCGAGCGCCAACACUGGGGGCAAUGCGGCGAAGGGGUUGAUAAAGUAUGGGACGCUGUUGAAGCGAUAGUCGCAUCGAACCCCCGCAUGCAAGCUGUCUAAAGAACUCCUCAUUCGAUCACAUUGGAAGGACAAUAUUACUGAAGACAUCAUGAUUCAUAUGUCUUGCAGUCGAGCCAGUAAUUCCACGUACCAGUCCACGGUAAUACAAGGCC